CCUCACUCUCCAUCAUCAUCAUCAACAUGUCGGCGUCAUCGCCCUCGGCGUCGACGGCAACGCUCAAUGCGCCUCCCAAGGUUGCAGUCAUGACUUCUGGCGGUGACUCGGCGGGAAUGAAUGCGGCUGUCCGCUCUGUAGUCAAGAUGGCCAUCUUUCGCGGCUGUCAGGCGUACGUGAUUCGCGAAGGUUGGGAAGGGCUGGUCAGGGGAAAUGAAGAGGAGCAGGGCGAACAAUCAGCAGCAGGAGUAGAGCAGGUCAAACAUGGUAGCAAUGCAGCAGCAGCAGCAGCAGUCGCAGCCGCGGCCGAGGCUAGCAGCAGCACAGGCUUCGUGCCCACGUACGGCGAGGGCGAGCUCCUCAAGGAAGGGGUGAGCGAAGCAGAGGAGCUGGGAUUGAAGGGGCGCUACAUCGUACGCGUAGGCUGGGACGAUGUUCGUGGCUGGCUCGACCAAGGAGGCACCCUCAUCGGCACGGCUCGUUGUGCAGCUUUCCGUCAACAGGAUGGACGUCUGCGAGCAGCACACAACCUCAUCAAGCACGGCAUCGACGCUCUCGCCGUCUGCGGUGGAGAUGGCAGCUUGACGGGCGCAGACCGCUUGCGAGCAGAGUGGCCCGAGCUUGUCGAGAAGUUGCAGGCCUCCCAGCUUAUCAGUGAGGCGCAGGCGAAGCGAUACGCCCAUCUCAAGAUUGUGGGGCUCGUCGGAUCCAUCGAUAAUGAUUUGGCGGGGACCGAUCUCACGAUCGGCGCUCCUACAGCCUUGUCACGUAUCUGCGAAGCCGUAGACUCCAUCUCCUCUACUGCUGCCUCUCAUUCGCGCGCGUUCGUCAUCGAGGUCAUGGGCAGGCAUUGCGGCUGGCUAGCCUUGAUGGCCGGCUUGGCUACUGGGGCCGACUACUGCUUCAUUCCUGAGCAGCCACCAAAGGGCAAGUGGGAGGACGAGCUUUGUGAGGUACUGCAGAAGCAUAGGCAGGUAGGAAAGAGGAAGACCAUCGUCAUCGUGGCCGAAGGGGCUAUCGAUCGCGAACUCAACGACAUCAAGGCAGACGAUAUCAAGGUGGUCCUUUCUGAUCGAUUGGGCCUCGACACGAGAGUCACAACCCUAGGCCAUACGCAGCGUGGCGGUCGCCCGGUAGCCGCAGACAGGAUUCUCGCCACCUUGCAAGGAGUAGAAGCAGUCAAUGCCCUCCUCGAGGCCAAGCCAAGCACGCCCUCGUACGUCAUCACCAUUCGCGAGAAUAAGAUCACUCGCGCUCCCCUGAUGGAGGCAGUCGCCCAGACUCAGCUCGUAGCCAAGCGCAUCAGCGAAAAGGACUUCGACGGCGCACUCGCGCUGCGCGACCCGGAAUUCGACGAAUGCCUGCGCUCUUUCCAGUUCGCCUCAAAAGUCGCCGAGGAAGGGGACAAGCUGCCCAAGGACAAGAGGCUGACCAUGGCUAUCAUCAAUGUUGGCGCCCCAGCUGGAGGAAUGAAUGCCGCCACCCGCACAUUCGUCCGCUACUGCCACGCGAGGGGCCACAGGGCCUUGGCAAUCCAUAAUGGCUUCACAGGUCUACUGGAGGAUAAUGUCACCCCGCUCGACUGGUUGCGCGUCGAUGCGUGGGCUACGCGUGGUGGCUCUGAGCUGGGCACAAACCGUGUGCUUCCCUCUGUGGACGCAGGGGGAGUGGCGAGCAAGCUGCAGCAGCACGGCAUCCAGGCGCUCCUCGUCGUCGGAGGAUUCGAGGCUUUCCUUUCCGUCAAGGAGCUCGAGGAGAGAAGGGAACAGUACCCUAGCUUCAGGAUCCCAAUUGCGGCCAUUCCCGCCACACUGAGCAACAAUGUUCCCCUCUGCGAGUUCUCGCUCGGAUCAGACACGUCCCUCAAUGCCCUGGUAGACGCAUGCGACGCGAUCAAGCAAUCAGCAUCCGCAUCGCGCAACCGCGUCUUUGUCGUCGAGACUCAAGGCGGCAAGUCCGGCUAUCUAGCAGUCAUGGGUGCCUUGGCCGCUGGAGCUGUGCUAGUCUACACCCCCGAGGUGGGCAUUAACCUCAAGAUGCUCGGUCGUGAUGUCGACUUCCUCAAGAAGCGUUUCGCCCUCGAUGUGGCAGGCAAGUCGGAGGGCAGGCUGGUCAUCAGGAGUGAGAGGGCUAGCGAGGUCUACACUACCGACUUCUUGACUCGAAUGCUCAAGGAGGAGGGAGGCGGCCAGUUCGACGCUCGUAGCGCUAGCUUGGGGCACACAUUGCAGGGCGGCACGCCUAGCCCGCUGGACCGUACGCGCGGGACUAGGUUGGCAGUUCGCUGCUGCGAGUUCUUGGAGGAGCACGCAUGGAAGGCAUCGGCCGCCUCGUCACCCUCUUCGUCGCCGUACGACCGUGAAGCUCAGGCGCACACAGCUGCUAUCAUCGCGAUCAUUGGGUCUGGUGUGGUCUUCACCAGUAGCAGGGAUAUGGCCAAGCAUGCGGACAUGAAGAACCGAGUAGGCAAGGGGGCUUGGUGGCAGAAGUGUAAGGAUCUCGUUGAGCUAAUGGGAGGCAGGAGGGGACUUGGUGGAGAGGAUGACAAGUAGGCGUGGGAGCAAGGGAGGGUGGACAUGGCGAGCAGGAAGAGAUGCUGAUUGAUGAUUUUGGUCUCUCGUUUCGUUCCACAAUACAUAGAUGGUGAUCAAUGACUCUGGGUAUCUUAUGCUGCUGACUCCUCAACCUUGACCUUCUUGUCAUUCGAAUCCUCCUUCUUGGCUCCCUUCG